CUGAGCAGAUGCAGUAGCACUCUAGAAAGGGGAAACCAACCUAGUUGUUGGAACAAAAAAUGUGCGUAUGAAUCACCGCAAUUCAACUUCCGUUUUGAGAUUUUGAGAAGCCAAGGAAUUUGGGGAUCAUCUCUGCAAAUGGUUUCAAUCCAUCCGAGCGCCAAUUGACCUUAUCCUUGUCGCUUCCACCGUACAGGAAGACGCCCUCCUUUCACAUGGCAACGAUAUCGUAUUUGGAUGCUGAUAGGUUCAAGCAUCUCCCUCUUUCUCUGCCAUCACUCUGCACUUGUCCUUGCCGUCCUGUAUCGUCCCAGUCCCUAAUUCUCCAUCGCCGUUGCUCCAAGCUCACACAUAUCCGUCUCGUGUUCACGAGACGCAAACCCGUGCUUCGGUUUAGUCAAAACGGUUUCUUGCCUCACCGGCGCGUCAUCACAGCUGUAGCUCAAGCGGAGCCCGACCGGCUUGACGAAGGCAAUGCGGAAAAGGUGCUUGGGUAUACGGAAGAUGUAAUCUUGGAAUCUCAACAGAAAGUUAGUCAGUUAAAAAACAGAAUUAUUUUUGGACUUGGCAUUGGGUUAGCUGCUGGUGGUGUUGUCUUGGCUGGAGGAUGGGUUUUCACAGUAGCCUUUGCGGCUGCUGUCUUUGCUGGUGCACGUGAAUACUUUGAGCUGGUUCGUAGUCGUGGAAUUACUGAAGGAAUGACCCCUCCUCCUCGCUAUGUGUCCCGAGUCUGCUCCAUCAUUUGUGCCCUAAUGCCUAUGUUUAUCAUGUAUCGUGGUCAUAUUGAUGUUUCUGUGACUUCUGCUGCUUUUGUUGUGGCUACGGCAUUACUUUUACAAAGGGGGAACCCUCGUUUUGCCCAGCUAAGUAGUGCCAUCUUUGGGCUGUUUUAUUGCGGUUAUCUUCCUUGCUUUUGGGUGAAGCUUCGGUGUGGGUUAGCAGCUCCAGCUUUGAACACAAGAAUAGGUGCAACAUGGCCUAUAUUUCUUGGUGGUCAAGCCCACUGGACUGUUGGUCUCGUAGCAACUUUGAUUUCCAUAAGCAGCAUAAUUGCAGCUGAUACAUUUGCUUUUCUUGGAGGCAAGACAUUUGGUAGAACUCCACUUACUAGUAUCAGUCCCAAAAAGACGUGGGAGGGAACUAUUAUAGGCUUCUGUGGGUGUAUACUCACUUCUGUCAUAUUAUCAAAGGUUUUCAGCUGGCCCGCAUCGUUGUUCAGUGCAAUGGCUUUUGGUGUUCUGAAUUUCUUUGGAUCUGUAUUUGGUGAUCUUACUGAAUCAAUGAUUAAACGUGAUGCGGGUGUUAAAGACUCUGGCUCCCUAAUACCUGGUCAUGGUGGAAUACUCGAUAGGGUGGACAGUUAUGUAUUCACUGGAGCCCUUGCCUAUUCUUUCAUCAAAACCUUUCUACCGCUAUAUGGAGUAUGAUAGAGAGAAGAAAAUGUGAAGUGUUGCUUUGCAUGACUCUGCGAAACUCAUGGUAUUUUCCAAUGGGCCCAAGAAACAAAGUGUCACUUAAUUUUGGAUCAACAUAUCAAGUGGAAGAGAUAGAUAAUUUUGAGGAUCAUAGGAACAAAAACACCAGGUUUUUACCUUAUUUCCUCAACCUCAGUUGAAGUCUACAUUUCACCUCUUCCAUUAUGCUUCCCCAUUUGUAUGAAGUCACAGGUUCAACGGCUGGUCAUAUAUAUAUCAGCGAGUUUUGCAUCAGUAUUGGUUUUUAAUUGUAAAUAAUCAUAUUUGACUUUCAAAAGAAUAAGGCCACGGUUGGCUGUGGUUUGUCUCAUUGAAAUUUAAGUCCUAAGUUAGAAUUUCAUUAUUUUUAGUUAACAACAGGCACUAUUUAGCAGGAUGUGCAGGGAAUUUUUAUUGUAUUCUUACACCCCAAAGUACAUUAUUUUGGGUUUCCAUAUUACCUAUAUGUCAUCUUUCCUUCCCUUUAGAAGGCGGCAGUUCAUACGAACUAAGGUCAGAUUUAAAACUUGGAUUUCCCUCGCACUACAAUCAGGGCAAGACAUUUCUGUUCUAUAUACCUCAUCUCUGCAGAACAA